AUGCCCUCUUUCCAAGUCUGCCGCCAAUUCGCUGCCACCGGUACUUGCACCUAUGGCGGAAGUUGUAAGUUUCAGCACGUCCGAGGGUCGGUGGCCCCAAACUCUGCCAUACUUUCCUCCACAGGACGGCGAAAGAAACACAAGAAACGGCGUUCAAAAACGACGCAGUUCACCGUUUUCUUCGAUGACUACCCUGGGUUCGACUACGACCCAGGAAAUUCGGCCAUUCUCGAGUUCUACCGGCUUUGUGAUUUCUGUGGUUGGGAUCGAGAGGAUCCCGACCGAAAGGAAGCACACCAAGCCUUCAAAGAUGCGUUAGUUCAGGAGUUUAAUGACAUCUAUGGGACGGACGAGAACGAUAUCGACUCUUGGCACAAGAUAUGUACAGUUUUGGACAUAGACCCCUUGCCUGACACUCUUCAGGAAGCGAGAGAUGAAGUCUUGUCGAAGCACAUCAAUAUCGUCGACCUCGUAGACAAUCCUGGGGGCCAUGUUACCAGUUUUGAAUCCCUUGAAGAUCUCCGCGAGUACACCGUUGACGAAGGGAAAUACUUCCCCGCCGAGAAUGCGUAUGCAGGGGGGCUGCUGAAGUAUCUGCUCCGGGAGAUUCAUGAAGGCCCAGCGAUUUUGGAAGCCGCCGUCGCCGCUUCAGGUAAAUGA